AUGUCGGAGCUCGAAAGUGCGCUGCGAGCUACCACGAGGGUCCAGUGUCUGUCGCCGAUGCGAUGCGAGGGGUUUAAAAUAACGAUCAGGCGAUCGUCAACUAGUCCUAAGAAGGCACUAUCGCCCGACACUAAUACAUUGCCUUCGCCAUCCUCAGACUCCAGCGGGAGCCAUGAUGGUAUCCUGAUCCCCAAUAUGGAUAGUCCGUCUAGUGAGGAAGGAUCCAAGAGUGAUUGGAAUGAUGAGGGAUCACUUUCCCAUCUAUUGGCUUCCAGGAGCAAAGCCAUGUCUCAGGAACCACACAUCGCACUCCAGCCACAUGUACCUUCAACGUACCCUUUAGAUCAUUUCCUCUCGGUGAUUGAUGAUUUACUUGAGCCAUCGAUAUCUCCGACAUGUCGGAGCGAGGGAGAUCAUACUCCCGAACCCGACAGGACAUUCCAGACUUGUUUGGCGGCGGUUACACCUGAGGAUUAUCAGUAUCUGACGGCAAAGGGAGCCUUGCAGCUGCUACCACGUGCCUUGCGAAACCAGCUAUUAGCGGCGUACGUGAAAUAUGUUCAUCCGCUCUUGCCGAUCCUCGAUUUGGCAAAAUUUCUGUCCGGAAUUAUUGAUGGCGAUGACACUCAGUUUGACUCACCGUUGUUGUACCAGGCGGUCAUGUUCGCUGGCAGCAUAUAUAUUCAGGAAGAUAUCAAUGAAGACGAAGCUCAGUCCACCAAGAGUUUGACUGGUGUUCUUUUUGAGCGCACCAAGGUUCUGUAUGAGUUCGAAACGGAGCAAUGUGCAUACACUCAAAUUAAAGCGCUGCUGUUGAUGACUCUCUGGCACGGGGAUAUGUCACGUCACAAGGGUCCAUCCUACUGGCUUGAUCUUGCCUUUUCAACCGCCGAACGAGUCGGCCUACUCCACGACAGUUGCUGGACAUACAAUGGCCCUUCCAUCAAACCUGUCAUUUGGUGUUGUCUGUAUGUGCGUGACCGGAUCAUCUCCCUUGGAUCCCGUCGCCCGGUACGCAUGCCUGUGAGCCAAUACCCAAGCUCAGUCCUGGGUCUUACGAGCUUCAUACACGAAGAAUAUAGCGUCCCUGUCCUCGAGGCAUUGGGCAGUGCCGCCUCUAUUUUGACCCGCUCCAGCCGGGAGCAAUCCGCCCUGCUCUUCACAGAACUCGUCAAGCUCUGCUACUGUGUGGGGGCGAUCCUCGAUUAUCUUUACGAAGGCGCAUGGAUUCCACUUCCCCGUCGCAGCAGCUUAUAUUCUCUCACCCCUAAAUGCAACAUUCCACCGAUCACGAAACCAAGCUGCGAGAAGCUGCUACAAUCUUGGAUCCAGCUUCUACCUCCGACAGCCUCGUAUCACAUACCGCUCCUUCCUCCAGACGCGAGGCAAGAGUCGGUAGAUACUGUGUUCCUCGUUCACAAAGCAUUUCUCUACCUGCUCUACCUGACAGCGAUGGCCGUGAUAUACCGCACCGGGCCUGGCGAGCGGCCUUCCAACACUACGCUUCCGAACCUGAAAGGCUUGCGGGCCUCGACGUCACAGAUCAAACGGGUCCUCACAGAGCUCGACGAUAUGGAUUUGCUUCGCUUCCUGCCAGGAACGUCGGUCACGAUUAUCAUGUUUGCGAUCGAGGCAAGUCUUUUGGAUCUGCAGGGGUCAGAUUCGAUGGUUCGGUUGCAGGCCAUGUCGAAUCUGUAUGCCUGCGAGGGGGCUGCUUUGAACCUGCUACAGGUGUAUCCUACGGCUGAGUUGGCAUUGUUGAAAACGCGAACCGCGCGCUCCAAUCUCCUAGGGUUGGUGGAGAUAUAA